AUGCAAAUGCGCGCCUGCCGCGCCAAGGGCGGAGGAUACGUCCAGGACCUGUCCUCUCUGCACUUCACGGCGUACCUGCCGCCCAAGGCGGACCGGACGGAGCUGGUGGAAUGCGCCGCCCCCGGCUCUCUAGCCAUGUGCUUCACGAGCACGGGGGCUGCCUUAUCUCUGCCGCCCAAGAAGAAGGACAUUUAUCGGCCUUAUUCGCUGGACGACAGGCCGAGUCGAACUCCGGCCGAGGAGGACCUCAGCGCGGCGCACGCGAUUCUCGACCUCAGCGCGUCGACCGCCAUCGCGUCUCCACCUCCUCCUCCUGUUCCUCCUGCGCCAACCCAACCGCCGCAGCAACACCUCUCACCGCCAGCGCCGCCACCGCAGCCGUCCACGGUGGCCUACACGUACGAGGCGUUCUUCGUGAGCGACGGCCGGUCCAAGCGCAAGGCGGGGCUGUCGGCGCCACCGCAGGCCGCAGACCCGUCGUCGCGGCAGCGCUACACGUGCAGCGAGUGCGGCAAGCAGUACGCCACGUCGUCCAACCUGUCGCGGCACAAGCAGACGCACCGCUCGCUCGACUCGCAGGCGGCGCGCAAGUGCGUGACGUGCGGCAAGGCAUACGUGAGCAUGCCGGCGCUCGCCAUGCACCUGCUCACGCACAAGCUGUCGCACGCGUGCGGCGUCUGCGGGAAGCUCUUCUCGCGGCCGUGGCUGCUGCAGGGGCACCUGCGCUCGCACACCGGAGAGAAGCCCUUCGGCUGCGCGCACUGCGGCAAGGCGUUCGCCGACCGCUCCAACCUGCGCGCCCACAUGCAGACGCACUCGCAGGACAAGAACUUCGCCUGCUCGCGCUGCCACAAGUCGUUCGCGCUCAAGUCCUACCUCAACAAGCACCUCGAGUCGGCGUGCCUGCGAGACUCUCCCGGCGGAGGCGGCGGGGGCGGCGGCGUAGGCAAAUCUGACGGCUGCAGGAGGGAUGAGCCGGCGGGCUGGCGGCUGACGCGGGCCCAGGCUGGACGCGCAGGGGCGCCGCGUUGCGGGGGCGGGGGUGGGGGUGGGAGUGCGUCACCGUCCCCAGGGGCGCGGGUUCGGGCCUCCUUCCCGCGGGACCCCUGCUGCCGGCGCGGCGGCCUGACAGCUCACGUCGCUAGCGUCCUGUCGACCACCUCACUAGUCCUGGGGUUGGGAGUGCUUGAGGGUGAUGUGGUUAAGACUAUACCAGAAUGCGUGAAACCUGAGGACUGGUUGCGUGUGGCGUUUUGUAGGAAACCUACCACCUUCAUGAAAUUAGAUAACUUGGUAACCGAGAUGGAAGUGUUAAGAUUUCCUGAUGAGCAAUGGGAGGCGGACAGUCACCUCGUUUCUCCACCUGGAGGAAAUCAUCAGGAGGCCGACGGCUUCGCGCUUGCUGCGACGCUCGGACGGUGCGCGGGUCUGCGCUCCGCUGUGACGGACGGGGGACCAGGUGGCGCUGGCCAGCACAGCCGGCACAGCGCGGCCCGGCCUGGCGGUGACGCGGCAGCCCUGUUUGUUGUUCCUAUUUGCCCCGUGUUUGUACUUGUGAUCUCGCUAGAUGCAGGCGGCCUGCAGCGGCGGAGGGGGCGAUUCCCUUAA